AUGAUCCCAGCAUCAAACACCUCCUUUCUUUUUUGGAAAGACCGGUGGUGUGGCACACUCACACUACAAGAAAGAUUCCCACGUUUAUAUAGUUUGGAAAAGAAGAAGCUUUGCACAAUUAAUGACAGGAUCAAGACUGAUAGUUUCAAUUGGUGUUGGAAAGUUCAACAGAUGGAGGAUGACGUGUUAUCGGAUUUCAUAAGUCUUUGCUCCCUGAUCAGUGAUACUAAUACCCUACCGGUGGUCAACUGUUUUCGAUUCAAGUUAAGUAUAGAUGGUAAGUAUAUGGUUCAUUCCCUCCAAAAAUAUUUGGAUGCAAAGAAUGCUAUCCUACAAUCAGGUGCACAAAUAAAUUGGUCCAAGGCGGUUCCACUAAAAAUAAGAUGUUUUAUAUGGAGGGCCCUCUUAGAUCAUAUAUUGGUGGCAGCAAAUUUGGAAAUAAGGGGUAUAAAAUUACAAUCAGCCACAUGUCCACUUUGUAAUUUGGAAAAAGAAACAGGUGAUCAUCUAUUGAUCAAUUGCUCAGUGGCGAGAGAGGCGCGUGGAUGGAUAUUUAACUGGUGUGGAAUUAAGGUUACUCAGUUUAACAAUGUCAUUGACUUUGUUAAUUUCGCGGCAAAUUGGGGCAGUUGUCCUACAAAGAGAGAAAGAAUGAAUGCGAUUGUUUAUGGUCUCUUAUGGUUCGUAUGGAUGGCGAGAAACAACAAGGUGUUCAAACAAACAAGGGUGACCCCCGCAAAAAUCGCGGAUGAAGUGAUCUCUCAAACAUACACAUGGUUUAAGUACCGAACCCAAGGUGUUAAGGCUAGAUGGAUUGAUUGGAGUUUAUCUCCCUUUUGCUAA